AUGAUUGGCGGCUACGAUACAAGUAAUGUUGCCAAUGUACAGGUUUCCGUGUACCGUGCCUUUGGCCAUAUUGAGCUCCUACCUUGGCUCAGCCUUUCAUACUCGCUCAUCAGCGUGGCCGUGAUCCCACUCGUCCGAAAAUUUACCUUGUUCUGUGAUUUAAAGUGGAUGGGACUUUUGUCAUGUCUGCUCACCUGUGCUGCGUCGGCACUGGCCGGUGCUGCUCCCAACAUUGAGUCCGUCAUUGCCGGGCGCGUUCUCAUGGCUGUCGGGUCCGCGACGUUGUAUCAGGUCAUACAGGCUUUCUAUGUCAUCGUACCGGUCGUGGCUGCGGCUUCGUCGCUUGUCCUACUAUAUCCAUCUUACCGUCUGCCUACCAACAAACCCGCACUUCAACACCUCCGAGAGAUUGAUUGGGUCGGCUGCUCAGUCAUUGCCAUAUGGACCGUUUUGGGUCUGGCCAUAUGCGCAUUCACAACUCAGCAGUACUUGAACCUCUUCACCACACACGAGCAUCGAGCGAUCCCAUGGAAGCUCUUCUCAAACAGGUCCGUGGCAUUACCGAUGCUUUGUGUGUGGGUGGCGGGCGUAGUGUACGGUGCGACGCUAUACUAUACCACGAUUUAUUUUGCCUUCACCCACGGUCAUGGGGCACUGGCUGCGGCAGUACGGCUUCUCCCAUUCAUUGGCGUCUUCAUUUUCAUGAUCUUCCUCGCCGGCACAUUGCUCCCCGUCGUACGAUACUACCAGGUAUUUUUCCUGAUUGGCGCAGCAUUGAUGCUCAUCGGCGGUGGACUGCAGCAGACAAUUACUUCCCAAUCGUCCGAGGGCAGGGUAAUGGGAUACGAAACCAUCGUCGCUGCUGGUGCUGGACUGAUGUGGCCAAUUUCUUUGCCGAUUGCGUCGACAGUCUUACCACCUCAGGACUGUAUGGACGCAGCAGCUCUGUUCAACAUGGGACAGAUGCUGGUUGGCAAAGUCGUGACAGAUCUCAACCUCUCGCACCAUGACAUCCGCGAGCUCCUGUCGGGGGCUGAUUCGACAGCUACAUAUUUUCUGAGCCCGGAUCUGCUCGCUCUUGUGGUCGAGGCCUUCACCAAAGCUCUCGUGAGCUGUUUCUACCUGACUCUGGCUGGCAGCGCUGUCGCUUUCAUUGCCGCUUGCUCUAUAAAAUUCGAGGCACUGAACUUUGGAGGAAUGGCGGCUCAAAGGCAGGCGACGGCCAGCGCCGAACAGGGAGGCAAGACCGAAGCUGCUGCGUAA